CCUCUCUGGGCUGCGCUCGCUGCCCUGGGAGGAGUGACGGUAGCGGCAGCCGUGGGGGAAGAUGGCGGAGGCGGCGGCCGCGGUGCCGCAGCACCGGUUUUUUUGCCACAGCUGCAAGGGCGAGGUCAGCCCCAAGCUGCCGGUGAGCCCCGGGCAGGGAGGGUCGGAGAGGGAGAGCCCCGAGCUGCCGGAAUACACCUGCCCCCGCUGUGAGUCUGGCUUCAUCGAGGAAGUCACUGAUGAUUCCAGGUACCAGAGAAUCCUGGGAUAUCCCAUAUCCAGGCACGUGGAAAGACAAUGGAUCAAUUUUUUUGAUGGCAGCAYGCUGGAUGACAGCCCCUCCUCGCAGUUCACAGAGCUUUGGGACCACUUGGACCACACAAUGUUCUUCCCAGAUUUCCGGCCRUUCCUGAGUAGCAGCUCCCUGGAUCCAGAGAGCCGGGAUACUGAGAGGGGCCCCCCGGCCGAGCUCUGGGGACCCAGCCGCCCCCCACGGCUGCCGAUGCCUCGGAGGUACCGAUCCCGUGGCAGCUCCCGCCCUGAUCGCUCACCUGCUAUUGAGGGAAUAAUCCAGCAGAUCUUUGCAGGAUUUUUUGCCAACUCAGCUGUUCCUGGCUCCCAGCAUCCCUUUUCCUGGAGCGGGAUGCUGCACUCCAAUCCUGGGGAUUAUGCGUGGGGACAGAGCGGCCUUGAUGCCAUCGUUACUCAGCUCCUGGGACAGCUGGAAAAUACAGGACCGCCACCGGCAGACAAGGAGAAGAUCUCGUCACUCCCAACAGUGCCGGUGACACAGGAACAAGUCGACACAGGGCUGGAAUGCCCAGUGUGCAAAGAGGAUUAUGCUGUGGCAGAGCAGGUCCGGCAGCUCCCCUGCAACCACGUCUUCCACAGCAGCUGCAUCGUGCCCUGGCUAGAGCUGCACGAUACAUGUCCCGUCUGCAGGAAGAGCCUAAAAGGGGAAGAUUCCACCCGGCAGAUGCUGAAUCCUGAUGCUUCUGACAGCCCAGUGCAGGAGCGAUGGACUUUCUGACCCUUCCAGAAGGUUCUGCAGCAUUACAGAGGGUUCCAGGGGCUGGAGCAUCCCCGUUCAAGGUGUACAUUGUSUGAGAAUUCCAACAAACCCCACCGAGUAGCAGGAAUUACGGGGUCCCAUGCUGUGGGAUUAUGGCACCRAGCACUCUUCUCCCAGGAAUUUAUCCUUCUGCUCCAUGGAAUUGCCUCGUUAGUCCUAAAUUGGGAAUUUUGGGAGUGAUUUGAUUUCAUUUUAUAUCAGAAAAGGUUUUAUUCCAGUGGGGCCCAGCCCAGAGAGGGGCUACAAGUCCCUCGUUGCCUCCUCGGGAAAAAGAUUGGGAUAAAAAGGGGAUUUUGGGGAUCUUCCUGCACUCCGAGACGUUGGAAUUGUAUCCAGGAGGGAUUUUAUUGCCCCAUUUUGGAUGGAAACCUUGGGGUCUAUAAAAUCGUGGCAGGUGGAAGAAGGAAGGGUCUGGAAUCCUUCCUGAGGGGAGUCGGACCCUCAGGAGCCCGCGUGGCCCUGGAAAGGCUCUGUGAAUGCUCUGGUAUCAGGAAUGCGCCAAGCAGGAUUUUGUCUCGUCCUGGACUAUUUUUGGGGUUGAUUCAGGUUUUUCUGACCCUUUUCCACAUGCCUGGGGCCUCAGGUGUGUCCAARCCUCCCUCCACCCACACAAGUCAUUCCAGGUGGGAAUUAUGGACCACAUUGCUUAUCCCUUGGGAAUCCCCCCACCCUCCCCUGUAACUUAAGGAAACUUUAUUUUUGCCAA